UCUUUUUCCAUUAAUCUCAGAAUUGUGGAGACAAGGAGCUGUCCUACUAUGAGCCAAUUGGCACAGUCUACUCACCUAUCAACAACAUGGGCAUUAAGCUGCUGACAGUGCAACAAACACACACCUCGUUGGACGCCUUGCGGAGGAACCAGCGACUCAGGAGCAGCGCUGUCACCAGGAGGCACCCACGAGCCAAUAAGAGUGCCACCUUAGGGGGCAUCUCCCUGUCAACAUUCAAAAACAACGUGGUGUGGUGUAACGGCUAUCGAGAGGCCUCUUCCAUGCAGACCGCCGCUCUCCCUGAUGUUCCCAGUUCUUCAUCAAAGAAAGGAAACAAUAAGGCUAAUCCAUUUAGGGUCAAAGGGUCGAGAAGGCCCCUUCCAAGUCAGAAUGGGACCAGGCUUGGCCGCUCCUUUCCCGAGUCAUCUCCUCCCAGGGGAAGAUCCAUCACCCCAGGCAACCAGCUCUCCUCCACCACCCCCCUACCUCCAUCGCACCCCUGGAAGUCCAGCUCUACAUGCUACCUGACCCCUCCAGAGUUGGCACCCACUAAGCCCCUGGUGGUCCAGCAGAGGAAAAAGAGAUGGUGCCCUCUCCAAGAUGGUGAGAGGGUUGGCUUUGCAGAGAUUUUGUUGAAACAGAGGAUAAUGGUAUUACAUUAAAUGCAUUUACAUUUUCUAUGCUAAUGUAACAGUUUAGCUUCCGUCCCUCUCCUCGCCCCUACCUGGGCUCGAACCAGGGACCCUCUGCACACAUCAA